GGCCCACGCCGUAAACAGACAACAUGGCGGCGGCGGCGGCCCCGGGGGCUCUGGGCGCUGUGCAGGCGGGCCGCGCUCGCUGGGUGGCGGCUGGCUGCAUGUGGCUCGGCCCCGGCUUGAGGCUGUCCGGCUCGUGGGCCGGCUGGCGGGUGUGCCCAGCAGUGUGGGCCCAGGCCUGGGCUCCCACGGCCUGGGGUCCCGCCCCGCGGAGGGGCUACAGCUCGGAGGUGAAGAGCGAGGACGAACUGCGGGUGCGGCACCUGGAGGAGGAGAACCGGGGAAUUGUGGUGCUUGGAAUAAACAGAGCUUAUGGGAAAAAUUCAUUCAGUAAAAAUCUUAUAAAAACGUUAUCAAAAGCUGUGGAUUCUUUAAAAUCUGAUAAGAAAGUGCGGACCAUAAUAAUUAGGAGCGAAGUCCCAGGGAUAUUCUGUGCUGGUGCUGACCUUAAGGAAAGAGCCAAAAUGCAUUCCAGUGAAGUUGGUCCUUUUGUCUCCAAGAUCAGAGCAGUGAUUAAUGACAUUGCUAAUCUUCCAGUGCCAACAAUUGCAGCAAUAGACGGACUGGCAAUAGGUGGUGGUCUUGAACUGGCUUUAGCGUGUGACAUCCGAGUGGCAGCUUCCUCUGCAAAAAUGGGCCUAGUUGAAACAAAGUUGGCGAUUAUUCCUGGUGGAGUGAUGGCAACAGACCUCGGCUGCUCUUGCUGGAGCACAGCAGUGCUUGUCAUGUCCAGAGAGCCUCCCUUCGCAUUUCCUCCUGGAGCAGGGAAGGGACAGAUGUCACCUCCACAGAGCCAUGGCAGUGAGCAAGGGGAAGUGACCGGCCUGGCUGACCUCUUCCAUACUCACCUGCUCCACAGGGAGUAUAAGAAGUUGGUUGUGACACCUGAAUGACAUAAUGGCAAAGUUUAAGCAACCUUCUUGGACCAUGAGUUAAUCUGGAAGACAGAAGAUGCAUUGUGAGGAUAGCAAAGGAAAUUCACUGAGGAAACCUGGCUUCUGACUUCAUGGAGUAGCAGUUUAUGAUCAUUGUGCAGCCUUGAGGAAACUGGUCCCAACAUUUUGUUUUUUAAUUUCUAGGUUUCAAGAAAGUGGUUAAAUCAAAGAAGUAAAAAUGUACAGCAUGUUACAUGUUAAUGAGGCUGGAUUUAGUAAAAUGGGCAGUAAAAAGGUUGAAAAUGGGGUAACAUCACAUAGCGAAAUGCUGAUUACUGAGAAACUGGCUUCCUGUGCUCAUUCAGUAAUGCUCGUUCUUGAUGCUCAGCUUUUGUUGGGAAAGAGAAGCCUUGAAACUCAGUAUAAAAUCUUUACAAGAAUAUUCAGAGCAUGCAUAUGAAACUGUGGCUAGUAUAAGUGAACUUGAUCACUAUAUGAGCAAAAAGUGUACAUUUUAAAAUAUACUUCCACCAAAACAAACUGGGGUUUAGGGAGAAAAUACACAAAAUGAACUGGAGCAUUUUGUGAUAUCAGAUCAUUAGAAAUUACCAGACACUGCCUGAAGCUUGUCAGAGGGAGUUCAGAGCCAUUUGCAAGUAAAUUCUCACUUGCCUAAGAUGGGUUGUCCUGGCUUGUGUUUAGAUGUCUCCCCAAAGCCUCAUUGGGUCAUAGGUGGGGCUUUUCAGAGAUGGCUGGAUCUAGAGUGUGUGACGCUGGGAUUGAUGAGAGCAGUAAUAACUAUUAUUAGCAAUGCUAGGCACAAAGGCACUAGGAUUAAGAGUCGGAGUGCUACCCACCUUAGGUAGCCUCGGUAAGAUAAAAGGGAUAGAAAGAUCUGUGGUGGUCCCUUGUUGCUUUUCCUGUCUGCUGCAUGCCCCUCUGCCUUGGAGCCAGCCAACUGUGACCUGAAACCUCUACAGUAAGCCAAAAAAAACCCUUUCCUCCCUUAACUUUUGCAUGUCAGGUAUUUUGUCUCAGCAGUAAGAGAAAAGUAACUAACAGAAUUUGGUACUAGAGAAUUGAGGUCCUUGCUGUGAGUAUAUCUAACCAUGUGGUUCAGAAACCUUUGGGACUGGCUUUUGGGAAGAGUUUGGAAAGGUUCGGAGACACCUUUUUAAAAAGUACAGUUGGAGCACCUUAGGCUGAACUUGAUGGCAGAUUCUGGUCAGAGCUUAGAAUACCAGAAAACUGAUAGAAAUGCCAGUAAAGACCAAGCUCAGGAGGUUUCUGCUGGAAAGAAAGACUGUAUUGACUGUUGGACUCCAGAUGAUGUGUGCUAUGGCUUGGCAGAAAGUUUGUCUGCAUUUUGCUCAUGUCCAGAUACUUUGCCUGAGACUGAGAUUAAGGGUGUUGGACUAAUUAAUCUGGCAGAAGAAAUCUCAAGACAGUCUAAUUUUGAGGUGGUGGCAUGGCAACUGUUGGGGGCUUUUAGCCAGAUUUAUGUUGAGAAUCCAGAGCAAAGAGCCCAGCAGAAUGAUUUAAAAUGUUUUGAGUUUGGCCAGAAAAGAAGCUCGAGUGAAGUUUUAGCCUGCAGAAAUGGAGCAGAAAUCUUGGUUGCUGAGAAAGGAACAGGAGAAUAGAAAAGAUGGCCUGAGAUCUUCACAAGGAGCAGCAGGACUCCACCCUUUGCAGCCUCAAAAUUGCAAAAGUGAAAGACUGCCUUGAAAAGACAGCCCCAGAACACUAUGUUCCAUAGUGGCAUCGGCCUAGAGAAUUUGUUCCUUUGAAUUGGGUUCAGAGUGCUCAGUGAUCCAGGCACACCACCCCUACAGCCAAGAGAGACAGAAGUCUGGCUACUGCUCCAACCGGCAGUAGACUACUGGCAUCAUCCAUAACGUGCUAGUUUUAGGAACAUGCGGAAUGCCGGAGUUGUGGGGACAAGAAGGCUUCCACUCAGAUUUCAGAAGAAGGCCUGGAAGGCCAGGCAGUGUGCCCCUGAGAGUGCAGCUGUGAGUGUGAAGUCAGAGGUGUAGUGGAGACCCCAGAAGUUUGGAGAAUCCAGGAAUAUGGAUGAUCUCUGGAAAACUGCAAAGAGGGAGCAGAGCCGGCCAAUGAGAGAAGCCAUGGGAGCUACAACCACAAGGAGUGCUAUAGAGGCGGAGCCACCCAAGCCCUUUGAAGUUCACACCUUGCCCCAGAUUGCCAUGGAUGCUGGAAGUGGAACUAUGGGAUUUGUUUGCCCUGCUGGAUUUUGGACUUGCUUUGGUCCCAUUCCUUUGUAUCCCCCGUUUGUAACUUUUGGAAUAGAAAUGUCUGUCUUGUGCCAUUGAAUGUUGGCAGUGUCUAACUUCCUUUUCAUGUGUUCAGGGUCUGUCUUGUAGCUAAGAGUUUGCCUUCAAUCUCAGAAGAGACCUUGGACUUGGUCUUUUCAGCAGUGCUGAAACUGUUAGGACUUUGGCAACUCUUAGAGAUGGACUAAAUGCCUUUUGAAUAAAGAGAUGUGCGUGAGUCUUUGGGGGCCAGGGGCAGAAUAUUAUGGCCUGUGUUUAGAUGUCCCCCAAAGCCUCACGGGGUCAUAGGUUGGGCUUUUCAGAGGUGGCUGAAUCUGGAGUGUGUCAUGCUGGGAUUGAUUCAUGGAGCAAUGCUAGGCUCCGGGGCACUAGGAUUAAGAGUGUGAGUACCACCUGCCUUAGGUAGCCUCGAUAAGCUGUAAGGGAUAGAAAGAUCUGUGGUGGUCCCUUGUUGCUUUUCCUGUCUGGUGCAUGCUACUCUGCCUUGGAGACAACUGUGGACUGAAAUGUCUACGAACUGUAAGCCAAAUAAACCUUUCGUCCCAUUUAGAGUGUUUUCAUGUUACUUUGUGACUUCAGAUUGUUGUUCAGGCUAUUUCCUUGAAUGCCAAAGAGAAUUUGUUUUGGUGAACUGUUUUAGGAUAAUUACAGUUCUGUUCACC